AUGGUCCGAAUCACGAAGACUAUGCAGGCGAGGCACUCGGAGACUCUGUCACCGCUAAUCAAAGAUUUCCGCUCAUCGGCGUGUUCAACUCCCCUGCCCCUCCUUCCACAGCACCUCUCGACGCUUCCUACAAGAUGGCCGUUCCCUCGUGGUGAUCUAUAUCACUGGGUUUCGCUUUUAAACAGAUUCGAUGUCAUUCUCGAGAGGUUCUGCCGCACAUACAAGCUAGAUGAGGGACCACAGACGCUAGAUUUUAGCUGCCAGAUACUCGAGUCUGCAAAUGAGGAGCAGGGAGACGAGCCUCACGAAGACUAUGACCUCGAGAAGCUCGGCUUUGAUAAGGAAGGGGAUCGUCAGUUGAUUGAGUCCAUCCUUAACUUUUCCCGGAUGCUUUUGCAGAACUGUGGCAAUCGUAGCAUAUACGCCAGCAGCUCACAUCUAAGCAACUUGCUCAACACCACGUCCUUGUCGCUCCUCGAGUCUACUCUUCUCAUUGGAUCCGAGUUGGCGCAGAGAUACCAAGCCGCCUUCAAGCGCAUGAACCUUCCCGCUCGACACGUUAGUAGUACCUUGCUCACAAACCACUACAACAUCAAUCUUGAUCGAGUACUCCAACUCGCCCUGCCAUUUACCAAAACCGUCACAACCCCGGUGGAGCCGCUGCAACCGGCUACACCCACGACACCCAGUGUAAAAGGCAAGGAGAAGGCGUACUUCCAGAUCCCUACGGCUCAGAAGGGCACAACUUCGACACUGUAUGCCAACGACCUUGCAUCCUUGGUCAAGGGGGGUAGCGGCGUCAUUAGCGGCAGCCCGAAAGCCGGUCAGAAUGGAGUGGAUAGCAAGGCGACCGAGGCUAGCUGGGAGCAAUGGGGAGACGUGAAGGUCACAUACUAUCCAAAAGCAACCCCGGAAGUCGACACAGCUGCCAACACACCGCGGCUGACAAGUCCAGCUUCGCAAGGAGCCCCCGUUACACCUACUCCAAUUCGUCGAUCUUCCAAUUUAGGUCCCCAUGGACAUCGUUCGAAUAGACAAACAGCUUCCGACGAGACCCCAUCCCCUGUAGCACGAUCUGCUACUUUCCCAAUGGAUGAUGCUCCCCGCCCGACUUAUAACGUCGUUGAGAUCUCCUCUUCCAAGCUCAAGUCUACUAGUCUACAUACGCUCCUACGAGAACACAUCUCGGAAUUGCCACAAGAGUUGCAAUACGAAUUGCUGGCGAAGUUGCGGGUUGCGUCUGCUCUGACAACGUCCUUGGAGACUCGGCGACAGAUGUUAUCCGUACGGCUCUUGGCGAUCACCAAUUUGGCGUACAUCCAUUCUGAAAAUGUGUUCCUUGAGAAUGUCUUGAAACAGGACAGCGAUGAGCCUCGCAGGUUGCAACUUGUGUAUCAGCUGGCAGAAAUGGUUCAUCCACCUGCUGACGGCGAUGUGGCCAUUCCUAGAAAGCUCCAGACUUUGGCUUUGUCUGCACUUGAUGCACUAUCCUCCCACCAAAGCAAAUUCUCAGACGUUUGCGCUGCCCUUAACACCAACGUCAACCAUGGAGUCCUUCUCUACGUUGUUAGGAGAGCUGUUGCCGAGAUGCAUCAUGAAGAUAGUGGCGAUAAAAUCACUGAAGACGAUGAAUGGCGUGAUACUCUGUUCUCACUGUUAUCCAACCUCUCUCUAAACCCCCGUACUAGUGGAGAUCUCGUUACUGCCGGAUUAAUACCCAUCUUGGUUGAGGUCCUCAAUCUGCGUACAAAUGUUGCCGAACGUUACCACCCCAAAAUCCUAAGUUUCCUCGACAACAUCAUGUACAAUGCACGUGAUGCAUUUCAAACACUUGUCAGCGCAGAAGGUUUGGACGCCGUCUCGGACUUGAUCGUCUUUGAGGUGAAGAAUGCUGCAGAACUUGCAGCUGCUGGGAAUGGUAUCCGACCGGAAUAUCGUUCCGCGGCUGUUGACUACAAGAUUCCUUACUUUCAACAGCAGACUUUAAAGUGGUUGUUGAAAUUUAUACACCAUAUGAUGUCUGCUGCUGGGGGUUAUGGUGGAAACUUCGAUCGCCUGCUGCGCAAUUUGAUCGACUCGUCACAACUGCUGGGUGCUCUUCGCCAGAUUAUCAGCAACGCACACUGCUUUGGCUCCAUUGUCUGGACCAACGCUGUCAGCAUUCUCAAUGACUUCAUCAACAACGAGCCUACUAGCUUUGCCAUCAUUGCUGAAGCUGGGCUGAGUCGAGCGUUUCUUGAAGCCGUCACAGGAACUUCGAUAGUAAUGCCUCAGGAGCCUAAGAAGCGUGAAGAAGGCGAACAACCGACCGAGGAGGCCCCCAUUGCGGCUAGCAUGCCUAUUGAUCGCUCUUCUGAUGAUGAUGACGACGAUGAUACAAGUGACGAUGACGCUGAUGUACUUCCCCAUCGCCCAUCUCUAUCAACACUUCAAACUCCCCGGGACCAUCCGCUGGCUCAAGGGAUCAUGCCAACCUCCGAGACUAUUAACAUCGUGCCACAAGCAUUCGGUGCCAUAUGUCUUAACAACGCAGGCAUGAAGAUGUUCCAGGCAUCGCGUGCGCUAGAGAGCUUUCUAGAGAUCUUCGAGAGCCCUGAGCAUGUCAAAUGUAUGGAUGCAAACAAGGAUUUAGCUUCCAAUCUCGGCGGGACCUUCGAUGAAUUAGUCCGUCAUCACCCACCCCUCAAGACCGCCAUUAUGAACGCCAUUCUUGACAUGGUGGCUAGAGUCGGAUAUCUUUGCAAAACCAAAGCGGAAAAGCAAAAGGUUGGAGCCAAGCUAUGGACAAUGGACACUUCUGGCAAACCUAUCAUUGCGGACGCUCAAUUAACCAACGCCCCCAAAUCCCACAAGGGAAAGGAACCGGCCGUGGAUAACGGAAACGAUGUCGAGAUGCAAGAUGCGGAUACAGAAUUGAGCGAAAACACUACCGCACACCCAUCAGCGUCGGAAGAGAUUACCCCAAAUGCCUCGAUGACCCCCUACAUCACUGCUGUCGCCACUUUUCUGGCAGCGAUUUUCGGUAACUCGUCUAUCCGCUCCGAAUUCUGUGCAAAGGGUGGUAUUGAAUAUGUUCUCGACCUCCUCGACUCGCCUUGCCUUCCAUAUGAUUCUGCCGACGGAAUUGCGGUUAACACCCUGCACACUGUGAUUGCAAUUGUUGCAGAACCUAAGCCGCACCUCACGAUACCAUCCUUGCUUAAGCGAGCGCAAUCUGCUGCUGAUGAACUUGCUGCUUUCGCCAACCACUCUCAGAGCGAAUCAUUCUUUGCGCCAUUUGUAGACGCAGAUGCGCGACAAUCUGCCGAUCUGGAGUUGCUUGCGAAGGGUACAGGUUUUGCGAAGGCUUUUGUGAACCUCCAUUCUCUCGUAACCACUCUACAGGCUUGCUUUCAGCCAUCAGCGUUCAAUCAUAGGAACGCGGGCAACAGCUUCAAUCAGCUUAAUGUCGGCGACUACUAUGCACGCCUCGUCCAGAGCCUCGGGCUUCUGCUAGGCAGGUCCCUACAGGAAGAAAUGCAGCUCCAGAAGAUUGUUCCUGGUUAUUGGAAGAAUGCCACCCGUGUCAAGGAUUCUGGGUUUGGCGAGCCUGUUGCGGAUAAUGUUUUGGGCGUGGAACCGCCCUCUCCUGGAGCAGAACCUUCUGAUGUGAAUGCCUCAGCGCCAAAUCAACCAGCAGAAUCACAAACUAGUGAUUUGGCAGCAACAACCGCUGAUACUGCGCCAGAGACCGCAAAUAAGCAAUUGAAGGUUCCCACAAAGGCCGAGCAAGAUAGUCCAUAUUUCAAGAACUUCCAGACGAUCCGGUAUCUUCUCGGCAAAAUGUCUCGAACUGUAUCUCCUUUCUUCCAGACGCUUGGUAAGGCGUUAGUCUUAAAGCGGAACCCCGAAGGAUUCCAGAAACAGAGCCAUGCUGCUAUUGCCAGAGCAUUGGCGGAUACUGCACUACUGUGGUUGAUCCCGUCCAAGCAAGCUUCCCCCAUCGAGCAGUAUUCAUAUUGGAUUGGAAUGCUUCAUGUGCUCAAGGAGAUGCUAAUUGACGUCUCGCGUGUCAACGAGCGACCUCUUCAAAUCAUCACAAUUGUCCUCCAGGCAUUCAAGGAAAGCGGCGGUUUUGAUGGGGUUAACCAUAUCCUCGAGACAUUUACCAAGGAAAUCUGCUCAAGCAACUAUUCCCUAACAGAAAACCAAGAUAAGACUACAGAGGAAUUUCUUAAAUUCGAACUGGCCACCGCUGGAACUAAAAACAUUCUUUCACUCUAUGCCCUUAUCGUUAGUGGGAAGAAUGUUACGGAAUCGCACCAGACUGUCGCUAUGACGACCCGUGCGGAGAGAGACCGUAGUCGUCCUGACCAUUUCUCGCCUCCUCAAUUCCUAGUUGAACUGCGCAUGGCUGUUUUGCCCAUUGUCCGCUCAUUAUGGCGCUCUGAUCUGAUUGAAAAGGGCUCGAGUCAGAUUUGCGAAAAACUAAUAGAAGUGAUUCGAACUAUUGCAAACGCUGAUAGCGAAGCCAACGCGAUCAAGCGCUCGGAUAAAAUUGUGCCCCAAGUCAAACUUCCUAGAAAGACAUUUAAGAGCGGUCCUGAGCAUCUCGCUGCGCUGGCUGAUAGUUACGAUGCGGAUCUCGCGAACGAGGCACUUUACCGAUGCAAUAACAACCUGUCCUCCGCAUUGGAGUACUGCAGAGAAGUAACCGAAGGCGUGGGUAGACGGUAUCCUGUUCCUGAAGGCGACAUUGCUCCUAGUUCUGAUGACACUAUGUCCUCCAGGCCUCCUACAAGCGGCUCUGCUGGCACAGCAACUCCUGAUGACCACGCAAUGGCGAUUGAUUCUCGUUCGAAUCUCCCAAUGAUCCCUCCACCUGACACUGAAGUCACUAGCCAGAAUUUUGACCAGCUGUUGAGCCAAUUUGCUCAGAGUGUUGCGGCUGUGGAUCCUUCACGCCCAACUUCGUCUGCUGCGGCUCAACAAUCUGCAACAGAAGAAGAGGUAGGGACCACACAAGUUACUGUGGAUGAUCUGAAUGAAGAGCGGGAUGCUAUCAAGGAGGAUUUGAUCGACAAAUGCCUCGAUGUUAUAAAUGCACAUGGCGAUGUGACCUUCGAGGUUGCUGAUCUAAUUACCACCGUUGUCAACAAAUCAAGUGAUCCCUCCGCGCAGAGAAAGACCGUUGCCACUACUCUUGUCAUCGCUCUUAUGUCAUUCGCUGGAGAAGAAGAUCUGCGAACAGCUGGCAAGAAAAUCGCUGCCUAUGCUAACUUGUUGGCACUUAUGUUACGAGAUAAGCUGUUCUUUGCUGCGGCGGUUGGUGAUUUGACGGAGAAUCUCAGCACAUUACUCAGCUUUGUGAGGCUGUCCCCUAACCAUUCAUCCGACGAACCAUCACCUUGGAUUGCUCACAUUCUUCUCGUCGUCGAAAUGCUCCUCAGCGAAGAUGCUCGCCCACAGAAGACCAAGUGGACAGCGCCAAAGGACGAGACAGAAAAGCCUGAGCCGCCCGUACUCGAGAUGGCUGAACCGAUCGUGUCCAGUGAUGAACGAUUAGAGCUCUUCGACGCCAUUCUUGAAAUUCUUCCUCGAAUUGGUAAAGAUGAAGCACUUGCACUCGCUGUACUCCGUAUCUUGGUUAUCCUUACACGCACACGAUCAGUAGCCCAAGCUAUGGGGGAAAAGAAAAACAUUCAACGUCUGUUCGUUAUGGCUAAGCAGCUUGCAGGAGCCAGCUCAGCUCGCAUCCAAAGCCCCUUGAUGAUUAUCUUAAGGCACAUUAUCGAAGAUGAUGAAACCAUCAAGCAAAUCAUGCGGUCAGAGAUCAAGUCUUACUUCGAGACAUCUCGGCAGCAACGAAACGUUGAUGUGUCGACAUAUCUUCGAGGUCUUGCACACACAGCAAUUCGUAACCCCGAGCUUUUCGUUGAAGCCACAAAUGAGAUGGUUAAAUUCAAUCGCUGGACGUAUGCCUCUGAGGGCUCCGGUCGCCAUGUCUCACUCAUCUUGAAGGACACCCACAGCGAGAGAUCUGCCAAUAAAUCCUCUGAUGACCCAGUGUCUCCAACUGUCCAAGCUACAGAAGAUCUCUCUAUUCAAGACGUGAAGCCGUCAACCGAGGGUCGCGACAGUGAGAUGACAGAUGCUGCAAAAUCCACUGCCGUCGAGUCGAAACUUCCUGUCCUCGAGAACCCCGACGGAGUCAUCCACUUCUUACUUUGUGAACUGCUCAAUUAUAGGGACGUUGAAGACAAGGAUCCCCCCGUUCCAGCAGCUAACCAAGCCGAAAGGCCAGGUACUCCAGGCACUACAGCUACUACAGCCACUCCAGGGUCAAGCAGCGAUGACACUCCUAUGGGGGGGACUGCCUCAAGCCCUGAACAACCUCCCAAGGAUACGAAGCCCUCUAAACCACCCGCGAAGCCAGAAUUCAAGGCCGAAGACCAUCCUAUUUACAUCUACCGCUGCUUCAUUCUGCAAUGCCUGACGGAGCUUCUAUCCUCUUACAAUCGUACUAAGAUUGAGUUUAUCAACUUUAAGCGAAGCGCACCACCACAAGCCAUGACUCCCUCGAAGCCGCGAUCCAGUGUCGUCAAUUAUCUGCUUUUUGAUCUUAUUCCAGUCGGUACCUUAGAUCAUGCUGACACGACGGCGUUACGGAAGAGAUUUGUCACCUCAUCCUGGGCGGAUUCGGUGUUGACCGCGCUGCUCAGCAAGACCGGUGAAAAUGGUGUUAAUAACAAGCAGCUGCCUUACGAUAACGAUGAUGAACCGGAUCUACUCUUCGUGCGGAAAUUCGUUCUAGAAAAUAUCCUCAAAGCCUACAGGGAAGCCAGUUCGUCAACAGAACCCCUUGACGUCAAAUACUCUCGAAUGCUUGCGCUCUCAGACCUCAUGGCCCACAUCAUGAGCGGCAAGGAGAAUGUCAGCAUGUCAGAUACGACUCUUGCUGGUGUCUCCCAAAAACAGCUUAGACGGAUCAUGUUUGAGAAAGGCUUCAUUGCCGCUCUCACUGCCUCAAUUGCAGACAUUGAUCUCAACUUUCCAGGUGCUAAGCGUGCUGUCAAAUACAUCUUACGGCCUCUUAAGACAUUAUCUUCAACUGCCGUACAGCUUAGCGAGCUCGGGCUUGUCUCUGACACCCCUGGUCAGAACGAUGACGAGGAGAUCGAGUCAGCCACCUCUGUCUCUGAUGUUGGCGAUCGUGAAGAGACACCAGACUUGUUCCGAAACUCGACCCUAGGAAUGUUUGAGCCAGGCCGAGAGGAGGAUUCUUCCUCUGAAUCCGAUGAUGAUGAGGAAGAGAUGUACGAGGGCGAGUACGACGAGGAAAUGGACUAUGAAGACGAAGUUGAGGAUGGUGACGAUGUUAUCAGCGAUGAGGAUGAAGAAAUAGACGGCAUGGGCCCUAUUGAAGGUCUACCGGGCGAUCACGGAGUCGACGUCGAAGUAAUCAUGGGUGAUCACGACGAUGAUGAUGACGAUGAUGAUGAAGGCUCGAGUGGUGAUGAUGAAGACGAUUCGGAGGAUGAUGAUGCUCGUGUUGAAAUUAUAGAUGAGAUUGAAGAUGGCGAGGGUAUUGGGGACGACGAUGACAUGGAUGAGUGGGAAAGCGAUAAUGACGACGAGGGUGAUGAGGACGAUUACGAACACGCUGCUGACCAAGACGAACAUGAACUCCACGCCAUGGAAGCAAUGGACAUGGGAGGCCAGCUUGGCCAUAUCGUUCGUGCCCUUGGCGGCGAAGACGCUGCGGAGAUGAUGGAGCGGAUGGAGGAGCAGAUGGAGGCUGAAGGCAUCGAUCAUGAUGAAGAUGAAGAAGAUGAAGAUCGUCUCGGCCCCGACUUCAUCGAUGAAGGCGACGAGGAGGAAGACGAUGAGGAUGAGGAUGACAUGGAUGAAGAGGAAAUGUUAUUUGAGCAAGGCUUCACAAUGGAUGGUCCUGGCCCUGUUCCAUUCGGAUGGGAAGGUGAGGUGGAACCUCCUAUGGUUCUACAUCGGCGUCCGCGCCCAGGAGGCUUUCCCCCUUUCCCUUUCUUUCCUGGUGGUCCCCGCGACCCACUAGGUGGUAUGUCACAUCGCACGCAUGCUUCGGUCGCCGAUAGAAUGGGUGGACCUGCAGAAUUGCUCGCGCAUUUUCAACGGCUCAUCGGUUCUGUUCGUGAUAGAAGAAGUAGAACUAAUCCUCGUGCAGUUCCCGAAUUUCGUUCCGGUUUCCGCUCACACAGACCGGGUGGACCACCACCACGCUCUGGCGAUGAUGGCACCAAUCCCCUUCUCCAACGAAAUACCGGGCCCGGUAGAGAUGGCUCCUCGCGGACGUCUACCCUGGGAAGCUUUCUCCAAGCAGUGGGAGGACCACAUGAUAUAUUAGACAUUGGUUUUAGUGGCCGCCCCUUCGGUGAGACCGCAACAGCUGCCAUUCUGGAUGAAGUAAUCAGAUCCUUACCAGCUAUUCCAGGUACUAUUGCGCGGAACGGACAAGCCCUUCAAUUCCAUAUCACUACAGGCCCCGGUCACGAAUUCCCCCGAGAUCUUCAGGCCAUGUUCGGUAUGACACGUGCACCACGAUUCGACGCUAGACGUGAAGCUGGCGAGCCUGGAAGCGCUGCGUUUUUCACGCCUCAGUCAACAAAUGCGAGAUGGCUAGAGGAAGCUAAGCUUCUAUUUGGCCAGGGUCACUUAGAGAGGGCGGCGGAUCUUUCUAAUGCUAUUCAAGCCGUUCUAGUACCCCCCGCUAUUGAAGCCGAUAAGGUUAUCAAGGCCGCAGAAGCAGAACGUCUCCGCAAAUUAGAAGAGGCCAAGAACAAGGCAGAGGAGGAGCGCCGUGUCCAAGAAGCAAAGGAGGCAGAGGAAAAGGCAGCAAGGGAGAAGCAAGAAGCCGAAGAGCGAGAAGCUGCCGCGAGAGCUGAGGCAGAAGCCAUUGCCGCUCAAGGGCCACCCCCUGGGGCGGCCGAAGCAGAAGCAAUGGAUGGUGUUGAAACCACAGAGGCACCAGAUGCUGCUGAGGAGGAGCAGCCCGAAGCAGGCCCUGCUGAAGAUCGUCCUAGAGUCACAACUAUUAUCCGGGGGAACCCAUACGAUAUCACAGAUCUAGGCAUUGAUGCCGACUUCCUCGCUGAGUUACCCGAUGAUAUUAGAGAGGAGGUUAUCAUGUCAGCUGUGGCCGAGCGACGAUCCCAAGCGGCAGCGACUGGGGCGCAACCUUCAGAGAUCGAUCAAGAAUUCCUCGAUGCUCUACCCGACGAUAUCAGAGAUGAGAUCAUUCAACAGGAGUUGCAAGACCGGCGUCGACGUGAGCGAGACGAGCGGAAUCGUCAAGCUGCGCCUGCCAGCGGAGGAGCAUCGGCUGAGAUGGAUCCCGCUAGCAUCCUCGCCACUCUACCAGCUGCAUUACGACAUCAGGUGCUUAUGGAGCAAGAUGAAGAGAUGCUCGCAUUGCUACCCCAAGACCUAGCGGAGCAAGCCCGUGCUGCUCAGAGAGAUCACCCAGCCCAUCAGGGCAGACCGCCCCCUAGUUUUGCUCGACGAAGUGGAGGCCCACCGGUUCCAGAGGUAGAUGUACAACGACCAACACGACGAGCCACUGUCCAAAUGCUUGAUAAGGCUGGUGUCGCAACCCUCUUACGUCUAAUGUUCAUCCUUCAACAAGGCAGUCUCCGGAACACACUGAACUCUGUUCUACAGAAUAUUUGCCAGAAUCGCCAUAACCGGAGCGAGCUCCUCGGCUCGUUGCUUCAUAUUCUUCAAGACGGCAGCUUCGACAUGACGGCUGUUGAGAGAAGUUUCGCCCACCUAUCUCUGCGUGCAAAGCAACCCAACGACAAAGGCCCGAAGACUCCUCAGCCAAUGAAGAGAGCUCUUACAGGAAUUAGCACUAAUUCAAUUACUCCUGCAAACUUUGAAGCGUCACCUCUCAUGGUCGUCCAGCAAUGUUUGUCGUCAUUGGUGUAUCUCACCCAGGUCAAUCCACAUAUUCCUGCGUUCUUCCUCACUGAGCACGAGCCCGCAGGUGGUCUAAAGCGCAGUCUCAGUCGCAAAGGCAAGGGCAAGGAGACCAAGGCUGCGAAGUAUCCUCUCAACUCACUACUCAGUUUGCUAGACCGAGAACUUAUCAUGGAGAGCUCUUCUGUCAUGGAAUCGUUAUCGACCUUACUCAACAUGACUACGUCACCCCUUCAAGCUUUACAACGCAAGCAAAAGGAAGCUGCUGAGGAGCCUAAGAAGACUGAAGAAUCUACUUCGGCUACAGGUGCCCCCGAAACCAACGAGUCUUCAGAAAUCGUAGCUACGAAUGAGCAUGCUCCAGAGCAACAAUCCCAUACAGCUACGUCGCAGGAGCCCGAAGCAGCGACCACGACUACAACCCCAACCCAACCUUCUCCCGAAGCCGCUGAAAAUGGAGAGCCGUCUGCUUCUACAGAAGCCCCAACUGCGCAGCCAGAGGCCAGCUCUAAAGAGCCCUCAAAGGCCCCGGAGAAGAAGCAGCGACCCAUGGUGCCUCCUGUGAUCCCAGACCACAACCUUAAAUUAGUCAUCAACAUCUUCGUGGCGCGGGAAUGCAGCUCGAAGACCUUCCGCGAGACUUUGUCGACUAUCAAAAACUUCUCCGCCAUUCCUGGUGCGAAGGCAGUCUUCGGGCGAGAACUGAUCUCGAAGGCGCAGGCAUUGGGAGAGAUUAUCUUAGUCGAUCUUGAAGAUCUGCUCCCACAGAUUCAGAAAGCAUCCAGUGGUACUGAGAUUCAGGGCGUCGCAUUGGCAAAGUUCUCUCCAGGAGGCUCAGAUCAAAAUAAGCUUUUGCGCGUCCUCACAGCUUUGGACCAUCUCUUCGAUCCGAAGCGCGAUAGAAAGGAGAACGCAGAUGCUGAUGCGGAAGGAGAGUCGUCACAGUUAGUAGAGAAGCAGGAUCUACUGUCGUCUCUCUACGAAAACUCUACCUUUGGCCCAAUGUGGGAGAAGCUCAGCGAGUGUCUACGUGCGAUCAGACAACGGGAGCACAUGCUAAACGUCGCUACUAUCCUUCUACCACUUAUUGAAGCACUGAUGGUUGUCUGCAAGAAUACUACGCUCAAGGACACUCCGAUUUCUCGUUCGAUGACUGGCAAGGAGAUGCUGUUAACAAGCCCGCCUCCAGAAUCCCGUAUGGAGAGCUUGUUCUUCACAUUUACCGAGGAGCAUCGCAAGAUCCUAAAUGACCUUGUUCGACACACCCCCAAGCUGAUGUCUGGCACUUUCUCCCUUCUGGUCAAGAAUCCCAAGGUCUUGGAGUUCGACAACAAGCGCAAUUACUUUAACAGAAGUGUCCAUGCCAAGGCUCCAAAUGGCCGACAAUCAUUCCCUCCACUUCAACUCUCCGUUCGCCGAGAUCAAGUCUUCCAUGACUCGUUCAAGUCUCUUUACUUCCAGACUGGCGAUCAGAUGAAGUAUGGAAAGCUUAGUAUCCGAUUCCACGGUGAAGAGGGUGUGGAUGCUGGUGGUGUUACCCGCGAAUGGUUCCAGGUCCUCUCUAGGCAAAUGUUCGACCCUGGCUACGCACUUUUCAUUCCCGUGUCCUCCGACCGUACCACUUUCCAUCCAAAUCAACUGAGUAGCAUCAACGAAGAGCAUCUCAUGUUCUUCAAGUUCAUCGGUCGGAUCAUCGGCAAAGCCCUUUACGAGGGUCGUGUCCUAGACUGCCAUUUCAGUCGCGCCGUAUACAAACGAAUCCUGGGCAAGCCUGUCUCAGUCAAGGAUAUGGAGUCUCUUGAUCCGGAAUAUUACAAGUCUUUAGUCUGGAUGCUUGAGAACGACAUCACCGACAUCAUCACUGAGACCUUCUCUGUCGACAAUGACAAAUUUGGUGUUGUUGAGACCAUUGAUUUUAUUCCAAAUGGUCGCAACAUCCCCGUGACGGAGGACAAUAAACACGAGUACAUUCGUUUGAUGGUAGAAUGGAAGCUCACUGGUUCUGUCCAGGAGCAGCUGGAUGACUUCUUGAAGGGUUUCCAUGAUAUUAUCCCCGCUGAACUGAUUGCCAUCUUCAAUGAGCAAGAGUUGGAACUCCUCAUUUCCGGUCUGCCCGAAAUUGACGUUGAUGACUGGAAGAGCAAUACUGAGUAUCAUAAUUAUUCGGCAUCCUCGCCCCAAAUCCAAUGGUUCUGGCGAGCCCUUCGCUCAUUUGACAAGGAGGAGCGUGCCAAGCUGCUGCAGUUCGUCACAGGAACCAGUAAAGUGCCUCUCAAUGGCUUCAAGGAGUUGGAGGGCAUGAAUGGGUUCAGUCGGUUCAACAUUCACCGUGAUUAUGGCAACAAGGAUAGGCUUCCAAGCUCUCACACUUGCUUUAACCAACUUGACCUUCCCGAGUACGAGAGCUAUGAGGCACUUAGGCAACAAGUCCUCACAGCUAUUACUGCAGGAAGCGAGUAUUUCGGUUUCGCAUAG